AUGUCGACAGGGAAAGUACUCCAAUCCAGCGCCCAUCCGCAGCCUUCUGGGUCUGCCAAUGGGGCGCAGAUACAGAAUCCCCAUGACGACACAUCAAACUCGCCUGCAGUACACUCGGGUCGACUCAUAUAUGCGAAACCUCAAGACCUCCCCAGCUUUCCAUCCGUGGGAUUAGGACCGAACGGAUCAGCUGCCAGCGCAGCUGCAACACUAGGUUGGAGUAUGAAGAACUCACCAGAAAUCUGGAAGCCCGACAGCUCGUCCUCGGCUUCAAAAGCUGCCCUGUUGGCACACGGUCACAAGGCCCCUGAUGUUUGGACGCCUUCACUCAGUAGUCAUGGCGCCCAGGCCGCCCUCCUUGCACACAAGUCCGCUAAGACCAGCGAGAGCUGGAAGCCAACAGCUACGGACCAUGGGCACUCAGCAGCAACCCAAGCUUUCAAGGCUGGCCAAGUUGCAAAUCUCUCGACCCAGGAUGGAGCCAAUUUAUUGAACCGCCAGAGAUCGCUUAUGGCGGCAAAAGGUGCCAUGGCCGUAAGGCCGAGAUCGAACACUGCACCGUCUGCAAAAGACCCGACAUAUCCGGACGAAGCGAACGCUGCUGCUAAUGCUCUCAAAGCUGCGACGGCAGUACAUAAGGCGCCGCGGCAAUUGAACCCAGCGCAUCCCAAAGGUGGUGCGGUCCCCUUUACAACGAUGAAUAGACAGAUGUUCACGUCACACCCACCUGUCAAGCUCGAGGUAGAAGAGCAGACCAGGGAGGAACAGCUACGGGCAGAGGCUGUCGCCAUGGCAAAGAAGAUGUUCACUACUCAACAGAAGAUGAUCGACCAGACGAAAAAGUCGCAAACUGCUAGAUCAGGUUCAGUGAGACACACCAGGAGCACCGAUAGUUUGAGUAGCGACGAGGAUGAGGUACACCCUAUGCAAUUCAGCACGUUGCAAGACGCUGCUUACAAACUUGCGCAACAACGUCUUGCAAAGCUUCAUGAAGACAACCUACAGAACAGGGAGUACCAGGAGUACUACGGGCAAUCCAAGCCUCAGCGCAGAUCUACCCUUAGGGGCAAACUUACUAGGAGAAGAUCGUCCAGUGACGGUGAUUUGAUUGAAGACCAGAAGAGGUCUCAACAGAUUAGAACGCAGAUGUCUAUCUUCAACUCCAAGCUUUCUCAAGUUGAUGUGCAGAAAAGACAGCAAGAUCGAGAUGCCCUGAUGGCUGCGGCACAAAGGAACGUCCAAGCACGUCUCAAGGGUAUGGAUGAUGAGGUUUCAGCAAAGACGGGCAUGGCCCCUAUAUCAUCCUCCUCUAAUUGGGAAGCAAAGGCACAUGCAGCAGCCCAGUCGCGCAGCGAAAACCGAAUGACUCACCAUGGCAAGAUUGAUAUCGGUGCUGGCAAAUACAUGACUCAAGAGGAGAUUGACGCUAUUGCGGCACAAAAGGUUCAGCCGACCUUGGAUGAGAUUAAUGAUAAGGCCGAGAAGGAACGCGCAAGGCAAACUGAGCUGAAACUCGAAGCCGAGCGUAAGAAGGAGGCACAUGAGAGAGAGAAGGCUCGCGAAAGAGAAAUCGCCGCUAUUGAUAAGAAACUGAAAGAUCAACAAAAGCAGGAGGAGAAAGACAGGAAGGCCGAAGAGAAAAUCGCCAAGGGAGAGAAGCACAAGUCUUUGACUAAGGGAUUGUCACUACAUCGCCACAGACACGAACAGCCACGGGGUGAGGCAAUCGAAGAUUCUACUGCACCAGUACCGGAGCCCAUCUAUGAUGAGGAUGAGCGUGUUGCGCUAAAUGACGUCGGACAACCUGUGAGAGUUCCAGCCCCGGUUGUGCCGGUUACAACCGAGAACAAUUCAAAGGCUACGCGGGUCGAGAUCCCGCAACCAGAGCAGGUGCCCAGGUCGCAAGGCUCUUCGCCUACUGAUAAAGUAUCACCGACCGGCAAGGUUAAGACCUGGUUCAAGUCUCAUUUCUCACGUGGCUCCAAGUCAGAUGAUGAAAAGCCCCAGGAUAGCAGCCAAAAGGGCUUCGUUGGUGGACAUGCCUUGACUGGCAUCGAAAGCAACAACGCCAGCACAACUAGCCUGGAUGGUCGCAGUGCGAGUAUGCGUGCCAUCGCCAUGGCUGGCCGACGCCGAACCGAUCUGGCGGACGACACUUCUGCCCCUACUACCCCAAUUGGCAACGCUGCGGAUGUCUCUCCCAUGAGCAGCGACAGUGACGACGAGUUCUUUGAUGAGGCUCGUGAUGAACUUGGUACUGAGCUCAGCCCACCGCGUCACAUAUCAGAUCCCGCGGUGAAGAAGAGCCACAGCCCAGUUAGGGACUCGAGGUUCCACGAAAACAUUUAA